CGGGCUUUUUCUUUAAGCUUAUUUAUUAUUCGUAUGUGCUUCGUAUACCAUUCAUUUUCUACAAUAAUUUUUACAGUAUUUUAUUGUUAUUUUAUUACAGAAAAAAGAAAAUAGUCUAAGCUUAUUAUUAUAGUGCUAUAUGUCAAAUAAAGAUAUUAUGUUUGCGACAAAACAAAAUCUCAAGACAACGCUAUUACAUGGACCAGCAGAAUUAAGCAAGACAUUCUUAUAUGAGGCAGCCAUAUAUUGGGCAGAAGAAGGUCAUCGUGUUUUUUAUAUCACACCAAUACCUUUACAACAAAUUCCUUCUGCUUGUCAUGAAAGUAAUCCUUCGACAUACUUUACUUAUAAACUGAUUACAUUUGUGUAUCUAUCGAAUUAUAAAUCCUUGGUAACACAGCUAGCAGAAUUACAUACGUUCGUUUCAUUACCUACUAUAGUUUUGUUAGAUGACUUAGAUCAUUACAUUAAAGAUGACGCAACAAAAAAACAAGACUAUUGUCAAGAAAAAACAAAGAUGCGUAUAGCCAGAGCAUGCAGCGUGAUCUUCGAUGCGAUAAAUUCGUGUUCACGAAUUUCUAAUACUAUUGUACACGCGUGCGUGUGGUCUUCGUCGAUUUUAAGAAAAACCGAUAUGGAUAUUACGAUAUAUUUUCGUAACAUCUGGAACGUAUCGGAAGACGAGGAGAAUAAAAUAAUUUCCUUAAAAAAGAUUGGCCGUGAAACACAUCUGGCCGAAGGUUAUCCAUCCUUCGAAUAUUACAAAUUUCAAGAUGGAACGCGAAUUUUAAAAAAUGUUUACCGUGAAUUUCUUGAUUAAUCAAUCAAUUAAAAGAUACGAAAACACGUUGGAAGGUCAAAUUCAUUGGAAAAUCAUUCGUCACUCUUUUCCAAUUGGCAAACAAAAUUGGCAGCUGGUAAAAGAGAGGUAAUUGGAUCGGUGUGUCGAACGGUACGAAGAACGAGCUU